AUGCUCAACCACAACAACCACGCCACCAUGUAUGCGUACGAGAACAAGACGCUCGAGUGGCACUCGUCCAUCGGGUACAAGCGCGGCAACCAAGUCUUCAGCCGAUACGGCCGGCGCCCCAACCACCAACUGUUGCUCCACUACGGUUUUGCGCUGCGUGAAAACGCUACGGAGCACCGCGCGGUCCUCAGCAAGACGCACCGUAUGCCGUUCAAGACCAACUUCCGUCUUACGCACGACACGUCCAAAGAUUUGACCGACCGUGUCGUCACGGGCCUCACCCGCGGCCACAAGCGUCGUAGGGCGACGACAGAAGAGCCAGACGAGCCCCCGCGCCGCUGCCUGCGCAGCCACGGCCCGGCGAGCGAAUGA